AUGAGGAAGCAUCAGCAUCCUGAAGAUGAAUUCUUCUCCAAGGUUGAAUGCGUCCAGGCACCAGUCGAUCUCCCAUAUGCAGUGAAGCGAUUUCUAAGGCACUGGAAACCAUCCGCGUUAGUGAUCUUGGAAGCUGAUUUAUGGCCGAACAUGUUGUAUGAAUGCAAACAAAGAGGCAUCAGACUGAUCAUGGUGGAUGGGAGGAUAAGCCACAUGUCAGCUGCUCGAUGGAGCUUCUUCCUCUUCCGCCCUCUGAUCUCGUACAUGUUUCGAAUGUUCGAGACGAUCCUUUGUCAGAGCCAGCAGGACAGUGAGCGUAUGCGAGCUCUCGGAGCAGAGAGGCUGACGUGUCUCGGGAGCUUGAAGCUUGUCGCGCCCAUCUCAUCUGUCGUACAAUCAGAAGUCGAUGAGAUCCACAAACGCCUCUCGUAUCGGAUUGGCGACACCCGCAGGACAAGGAAGAUUUGGAUCGCUGCCAGUACGCACGAGGGAGAGGAGGAGGUUGCCAUAGAAGCGCAUCUAGAUGUCGCAUCGAAGCUGCAGUGCCCAGCUGAUGCCCAUGGCAAGGAGCUGAAGCCUCUGCUUGUCUUGGUUCCACGACAUCCUAUGCGCUGCGAUCAGAUUCUCACGGUGAUCCAAAAUCGAUUUCCCCAGCUGAAGUUGAGCUUGCAGAGCAAGGAUGGGAUGUCGAUGCUCCUGGAGGCUGAUCUUCACAUUGUCGACAUGCUGGGAGUCUUGAGGGUCUGGUACGCAGUCGCUCCCGUCGCUCUGGUGGGAGGUUCACUCGUCGAUGGUGUGGGGGGUCACAACGUGAUGGAGCCGGCCUUGCUAGGGUGCUUCCCGCUCCAUGGCCCUCACAAUCAGAACGGUCAGCAUGCGAUCGACGUCAUCGCAGGAUCGUCACCGCACUGCAUCAGGCAGGUGUCGGACAGCAGAGACUUGGCCGAAAGCAUCCGAGAGAUCUUGAAGCAAGACGAGAAAGUCCUUGCCGAGCUCAAAGACACCGUCAGGAGUGAAAUGAACAGCAUUGCUGCGAAGCAAGGAGCACGAAUAGUCGAAGCUUUAACACCCUACAUCUAA